AUGGAGUGCACUCGCGGGCGCUUUGAGAGGGAUAGGCACGUGCGGUUCAUGGAAAUGAUGCUCGAAUUGCUACCUUCGGAAUACGAGUCUCAGGAGAUCAACCGCCUGACCCUCGCGUACUUCGUCGUCUGUGGCCUCGACAUCCUUGGCGCCUUGGAUCGGGUAUUUCUCGGCUCUUACUUUCGAUUGUCUCUGAAAUCGGAUUCCCCAUGACGCUGCUACUUCGGCACCCGUCCCUGUCGUAAAAACCAUAUCAGAGGAUCGAAACGCCGUGACCUAAACCCUUGAGUUUAUGAUUGCGAUCUCUUUGGAUCGAUUGACUUGCUAGGCUUUUCCCCAAAAUAAAUGCGUCGUAUAAUUAAACUUACACGAUAAGCAUCCAGAAUCUUCAAAACUUUCCAGAAUACCGGCGGCAGAUCGACCUUUUUAUCCAAAUGCUCAAGUUUGUGAAAUCCUCAAGGCAACGCCAUGUCUGGUUCCUUUUCUUUGAAGAAAAAAAUUAAUUCUGUCACUGUUAGUAGUCCAUUAUAGGACGCUGUGAUGCACGGCUGUGAAGGCGUGCUUAGCGUUUGUAAUUCUACAAGAUAGAGGAAAGCCUUCUUGAUUUUAUAGGAAUAAAAUGUUAACGUUUCUUCUAGAUAUUGGUGCUCUCUGCAGACACCUACUGCAGAGCUAUUCAACUUUAUGCAUAAGCUGCGUGUCUUUGGCACAUUACUAUAUUGGCAAUUUACAGAAUCGUUGUAUCAUUCUUAGUGCCGCUUGCAUUUUAUUUUUUUUAAGUGAAUAAAUUAUCAACCAUUGUAAUUGAUUAUUUCUGUUUAUGCCAUUCUAGCAUUUAGUUAUACGGCGUCCCUUUUUUUGUUUUAUUAAUGUUGCAGAUCGACAAGGAUCAGGUGGCACGGUGGGUCUUAUCCUUCUACUCACGCUCUGGCACAGUUGAGCCAGGUAAUUGUGCGUGUUCCAUUUGAGUUCCUAUCUAUUAUUUACUGUUAUUUUGAAUCUGUUACCAACCUUUUGCACUUGUACAGGUCAAUUUUAUGGUUUUCAUGGUUCCAGAACAUCGCAAUAUCCUCUAGAUAAGCAGGUAAAUUAUAGCCCCAUGUGGAAUUUAGAAAUGAAUUCCAUCUAUGGCUAACAGGAUAAAAAAAUUGUAAUUUUUUUGCAGGAUUUAAGCUUCAAUGCUAGUCAUUUAGCAAGUACUUACUGUGCCCUAGCAAUACUGAAGAUCAUAGGAUAUGAUUUCUCAAACUUAGAUUCUAAUUCAAUUUCGUUGUCAAUGAAAAAUCUUCAGCAACCUGAUGGGAGGUAUAGAGGAAGUCUCAGAAUGGUGAUUUUUCGCAUCUUUGAUAUAGUUUUAAAAAAUAUGUUUUUUUCAUGUCCUACUCGUUGACGUCAGUUAUUCUUUAACUUUUUCCUCAACCAAGGCAGAAGGGCCCAAUUUAUUUUUUUUUGAAAUACCCACUCAUCGCAUCUUUGUAGACUGAUAUUGGUAGAUGUAGAGAUACAGAAGCAAGGUACAAUGAUCUAGCACAGUUGUGAUUUUCUACUGAACAUCUGUGUAACCAAUGGAUGUAGAAUAAACUAUGUUCCCCUUCUUAUUUUAUCAUGUUUUCGCAUAUUCAGAGCCUGCCUCAGCACUCAGUUUCCAUAAAUAUAUUCAUAUUCCCAAUUAUUCGUUUGCUUGAUCGGGCAUAACAGUAUGAUCCGCAUUUACUAAUCUGAUUCUAUUCCAGCCUGUUUUAGUGACUAUUAGGCGUCAAAAACAGUAAGUGGUUGUUUAGAUUAAAUGAAUUAUCCAAGGAGUUAUACUCUGUUAUUAUAACCCCUCUUCUUGAACGUUAAACUUGUAAAAGGUGAUGCUAAGGGUCUAACUGCAUUAAUUUUAGUUAGUGAGCGUUUGCUAAAAGUCUCACAGGAAGCUAUCUUUUGGUUGCAUGGUUUGGGCUUGUGCAACCAGAACACAUUGCUAAAAAGUUUGGCCAGAGGGUGGGAAGAGUCCAGACAGAGUGGGAAUAAGGUUUCGUGUUCUUUCUAGGGCAAGGAUGGCAAUGCACAUACAUAGUUAAGUCUUGGAUUAUAGAGAUCAUCUUGAAUAUUGUAGCUUUCUUUUCCCAAUGCCGUUAUCUUGUCAUAAGUUCCUGAGCCCAUUUUCCCCUUUGUUUCUCUGUUCUUUCCUAGUCUAGGGAAAUAUUUUGGGCUGCUCAAAGGUCAGACAAUCAUGAUCUAAUGGCCACCAGUUUCAUGAUUGAUCACUGUAUCUGAUGCACUUUUCUUAAUUAACCUUUUGUGCUUGAGAAACCUGAUCAUAAAUUAAUGAAAUAUGUUUCACUGGACUUCUAUAAUAUUAGUGCAUUGUUUCUGUAUUUUAUCUUAUACCGCAUUAGUAUUCAUUUAUGUGGAAAAAAUAACUCUCUUGGGCCUUGCUGCUUUUCAAGUAACAUCCAUGGUCCGAGAACAUAGAAUAUGCUUGAGACUCUCACCAUCCUGGCGUAGAAGCUGUAUCUUUGGUCGACCUUAAUCAGAAAAUCGACUAAGUUGAUGACUUAAAUUCUAAAUCAUACGUUUCCCUUUCCAGGAUUUGUAAUUAUUUCACCUAUUUUUUUACAGCUUUAUUCCCAUUCAUUUUGGAGCAGAGAGGGACCUCCGUUUUGUUUAUUGCGCUGGUGAGAGCCUGUUUGAUUGCACGUGCUUUCCGGAGGUUAUACUAUACUAUUAUAAUUUGCUAUAUCUUAGCUCUCGUUCAAUAUCUCAGCUGCCAUUUCUUCCAUGCUCAACAACUGGUGCGGAAUGGACAAAGAGAAAGCCACGGAUUACAUCAUUAAGUGCCAGGUCUGUACUCACAGCGACUAGUCUGAUCCCGUUCAUUCUCAUUGUUGGUCUUCUUCGAAUAUUGCCUUAUCCAGAAGCUGUUGACUUCAGUCGUAUGAUGGAGGCUUCGGACUGGUGCCUGGUUCAGAAUCUCAUGGUAAGUACACGUACAGCGAAAUCGUUUGACAAGGUCAGCCAGCAUCUACUCCAUAUGCUUGCACAUGCCUGGACCAACCUCCAGCCAAGACCUGAAGAUCCGAUUUUCCUUUUUUUUUAUCUAGUUAAUUGUAGCUGAAAAAUCAUGUUAUCAGUGUGAUAAUGACUCAUCAGUUUCCUUAUUCGUACUGCUUGAUUUUUUUUAAUUUAUCUUGAUCUGAUGGUUUUCUUUGCUUAGAAUGUGGAUUGCUCCGUCUCUUACAGCGCGUGCAUAACUCGUACGAUCGUUUAGUGUCACAGGCGGAGCGACUUACUGUGCUGUCGCAGCUCUCCAGCUGAUGGGUUAUAUCAAAGCAAACUAUAUCAGCAGAUCCACAGGAUCAUCUGUGGUCAACGUGUCUGCACUCUUGGAGUGGGCUUUGCAGGUCUGGCCUUUGGGGGGCUCCUUCUCUUCAUUCAUAUCUAAAUAAUGCUAAAUAUGGCAUACUAGACCUUGGGAAAUAUCUAAUCCUCUCAUAACCAGAUGCCAUGCUGGCUCUUCAUCCCUUCUCGAUCUCUUUCAGAGGCAAGCAGCUGAUGGCGGGUUUCAAGGUCGGCCCAACAAGGCCAGCGACACGUGCUAUGCUUUCUGGUGAGUGGGACUUGUGAUUAUUCCAAAAAUGGACAUAUUCCACGUAUCUUGCCACGUCGGAUUAUUUCAGGGUCGUCGGGGUGCUGAGGAUACUGGGAGCUGACCAAUUCCUUGAUAAGGACGCCCUCAGAUCUUUCUUACUCUCCUGCCAGUCUGAAGUAAGACUGCCCGCCAUUUCCCAAUUAUAGAUUAAUCGAUGAUUACUAUAUUAAUAUAUACACGUGUAUACAUCUAUAUCUACACAUAUAUUGUCGAUUUUUAUUGACUUAUUUCCUUUUUAGUAUGGUGGCUUUACCAAAUUCCCUGGGAGCCCACCGCCGGACUUGUACCAUUCCUAUUACGGCCUUGCCGCGUUCAGCCUGCUAGGAGAACCAGGAUUGGCCCAGCUUCAGGUUGAACUCGGGAUAACUGCCCUCUGUGGCGCUCUGACUUGA